AUGGAUUCAUCAAUGGAUUCGUUCGGGCUCGGUGCCGAUGUUCAGGAUUUGCUGACUGCUCGCGCACAAAUCGAACAGCUCGAAGUAAAGGAGAGUGUAGAAGCGCAGUUGCAGCGGAUAUCAGUACCAUUGAGCCUAGUGUUUUUCACAAUGUUUGCUUAUCUAGUUGCCGGUUCCGUUUUGUUCUGUUUGUGGGAAGGAUGGACAUUCCUCGACAGCUUCUACUUUUGCUACAUCUCAUUGACGACCAUUGGAUUUGGUGACAAAUUUCCCGGGGCGUCAGUGGGGAAUGACAAAGAUGCGCAAAAGAAACUUGUGAUAACUUCUGUAUAUCUUUUGUUCGGAAUGGCACUGUUAGCGAUGUGCUUCAAUCUGGCGCAGGAGGAGGUGAUUUCUUGA